GUAGUUGAGAUAAAAUCCAAAAGCCCAAAAAGAGGAAGGAAGUUAAAGAAGGAAGAAGAAAGGAAAAAAAAAACCCUGCAAAUAUAUAGGCUUUCCUUCUCAAUUCCCCACUUUCCUUUUCCGGCGUCUUCACUUCAAUUCCCGUCUCCGUAAUCGCCAUUUCCAUUCUCGUCUUCUUCCUCCCAUCCAGGCUCCAACCUACCAGCUCUCUGUUUCUUCUCAUUACCAUGCGGUAGCAUUGUAAUUUGUUCUUCUUCUUCUUCUUGUUCAAUUUUAUUGUGCACUGUCAACAAACAAAGUGCAAAAGUGUUGAGACCGUUCCUGCAGCCAGCUCGCUCCCGAUGCCUUCCCUCCCCGAUUCCCCAACUUCGCCUCCGUCCCCGCCUCCGGUCUCCUCAGCCAACGACAACUCCGACGCCGAGCGCCGCCUUCGCGAGGCGGAGGAGCGACUCCGGGAGGCCAUCCAGGAGUUGCAGCGCCGUCAGCGGAAAGCCGCUCGUGGGCUCGCCAAUUACCCUCCCUGUGAUCAUCCUCCCGAUGAAUCCUGCGUCGCCCAUGCCAUCGGCAACCUCUGCCAGAGCUUUCUCCUCUCCUACGGCGUCCGCGUCGGAAUCGGCAUCUUGCUCCGCGCUUUCAAGCUCGCCAAGGGACAGUCCUACUCGUCCUUGCUCGAUCUCAAGCAACUAGUUUCAGAGAAGGAUCUUAUCGUAAGAGAAGAGGCAUGCCGAGUAGGUUUGCUCUUUGGUGGAUUCACGGGCUCUUAUCAUGCACUUAGGUGCUUGUUGAGGAAGUGCAGAAAGAAGGAGACCCCUUGGAACGCAAUUUUAGCAGGUUCGGUUGCUGGUUUGUCGGUUUUAGCGUUAGAUGAUCCCAACAGGAGGCGUACGCUUGCUCUUUAUCUUUUGGCUCGAUUAGCUCAGUGUGCUUAUAAUUCUGCUAAAUCCAAGAACAAGUUUCACCUUUGGGGUAGCCAUUGGAGACACGGAGACACAUUGCUCUUUUCUUUGGCGUGUGCCCAGGUUAUGUAUUCCUUUGUAAUGCGCCCGGAGAGCUUGCCAAAAGCAUAUCACGACUUUAUUCAGAAGACAGGGCCAGUUGCACAGCCAGUCUACAAGGCUGUAAGAGAAACUUGUAGAGGUGGUCCUGUGGACAUUGCUGCAUUAUCCGCUUAUUUAUCUACUAAGGGGAAGCUAAACCCUCUGAAGUUGGGAGAAGCCCCUGCCAUCAUCCCUUGCUCUAUUAUUCAUCCGGGUACAGAUUCGUGUUUAGUUCAACACGGGAAUGCAGCAUCAGCUACAUUCAGGAAAACAUUUCCCCUCUACUUCUCACUGACUUUUGUACCGUACGUUGUGCUGCACUUGCAAAAGUUCAUGGAUGCACCUGCACGGACAUGUUGGCUUGCUCUGAGGGAUGCUGUUCGCUCCACAACUUUCUUGUCUGCAUUUGUUGGAAUUUUUCAGAGUGUGAUAUGUAUGCAUAGGAAAGUUGCUGUGAGAGACCACAAGUCGUUGUACUGGGUAGCCGGUGGACUAUCGGCACUUUCUGUACUGUUUGAGAAAAAGUCUAGACGUGCAGAACUUGCACUGUAUGUCCUUCCUCGUGCUGGAGAUUCGUUGUGGUACAUCUUAGUCAACCGCCACCUACUUCCUAAGCUAAAGAAUGCUGAGGUAGCACUCUUUUGCGCUUGCAUGGGAGGAAUAAUGUACUACCUUGAAUACGAGCCAGACACAAUGGCUCCCUUCCUCAGGGGUCUAAUCCGACGAUUCCUUGCGAGCAGAAUCAGCAGUCCGAGCCCUUCACCUCAUCCCCGUGCAUCGUCAUCUUAUACAUAUUUGCAGGCUCUGGAUUCGGCAGUGAAGAAGCCAAAAUCCCAGGACGGCAAAGAAGUUGAAGCGUUGCCUCAUAAGUACAAUCUGGAGUCCAUUCCAGGGCUCUGAAAAGCCAGCAUUCUGGUGUUUUUUCAACCACCAGACGGUCUCUGGCGGAUAUCAGUUCAUUCUUUCUACAAUUCAUUUGAGUUAAAGAAAGUAAAGAACCUUUUUGUAAUCGAAGCAGAUUCGAAUGUCUGCUUCAAUCACCCAUUUAGUGUCAUCCAGCUACUGUUUUUAAAGAUGAAUCUGUAAUCCUCAGAAGAACAGGUUUUCAUUUGAUGAAGUGAAACUGGAAAAGGCUGUAAGCGCAAUAAUAGGCAGAGGCAGUAUGUAAAUAUUUUCUGCGGGGUUGAAACUUGAAUAGUGGCCAAAACUUUUAUGAACUUACCAAGGCAUUCAUCUCUGAAGCGCUCUAACUUAUGGCAUUUAAAGCACUCAAUAUUUUAG